AUGGUUCGUUCGGCUGUCUUCACGGUUGAAGACGCUAAAGCGGCAUUCAACCUCUUCUGCUGCGUCUACGGCAUUGGAACGCUUGGUAUGCCCGGUAACUUUUCCCGUGCCGGGCCAGUGAUCGCGGUCAUCGCCAUGGCUUUCAUGGCCUUCGCCAACACAUAUUCCUCAGUUGCUAUCUGCCGCGUCAUGCUCAUCGCCCCGCGUUCAGUCAAGACCUACGGUGACCUCGGUGAAUGGUGUAUGGGCAAAACUGGCCGCUACGUGUCGGUUGUCUCUCAAAUGGGCAACUGUCUCUUGGUCCCGUGUGUGUUCCUGGUGCUUGGUGGUAGUCUACUCGACGGUCUUUUCCCAGCGGCCUUCAGCGCAACGACGUGGAUCAUCCUCAUGGCUCUCGCAUGCCUACCUGUAUGCCUGGUGCCUACUCUGAAGGAAGGAGCUGGUGCUGCUUUCGCCGGGUGUAUUGGCACGCUCAUCGCUGAUGUUAUCGGCGUCGCUGUCGUAAUGUACGGCAUGCGCGGUCACCCUAGCGUGCCUUCACCUGAUAUCAACUUCAAGCAAGUCGCUGGAGCGUUCGGCAACUUAGCUCUCGCUUAUGGUGCUGGUAUUGUGAUUCCGGCUCUCCAGCGCCAGCACAGUGACCCCACACGCAUGCCCCGAGUUGUCGGCGUGACAAUUGCAUUCAUUUCUUGUUGUUUCUUGGUUCUCGCCAGUACAGCAUACUCAUCUGUUGGCUGCCAGAUCUCUGGUAACCUGCUGUGGUCGAUUUACCCCGAUUCGGAAUCUGGCUUGACAACGCUGGGCUUCGCAUCGGACUGGGGUAUGGUCGUUCUUGCCUACCUCUUUAUGCAACUGCACAUUACGAUUGCCUUCUCCGUUAUCCUGAACCCGGCAUUCUACAUCGCCGAGCGCAUCUUGCUCGGAAUGCACAAGUCUACGGUCGCUGACGUGGAGAACAAUCUACUUACUUACGCCGACGCUGCUACUCCUCGUGAUGGUGCAGAGCGCUCGGAGAAGGAGUCCCGUGCUUCCAAGCGCUCGUUUAUUUCUGUUGCCGAUAACGAGAACGUGCACCUUGGUGAGCCGGAUGCCGAGGCCGCUGAGUACCGUGGGGCCAACACCAUCAAAUACGUUAUCCUUCGUAUUGUGAUGAUCAUCGUUUUGGCAAUCGCAUCAGUGCUUCUGCAGGACCAUUUCUCGGACUUAGCGGACUUCGUCGGAGCGUCGUGCAUUACGAUGAAUUCAAUCCUUCUGCCAAUUGUGUUCCUAUUGAAGAAAAAAUGGGGCUCGCUUCCUAUGUGGGAGAAGGCCCCGGCGCUCACCGUGGUGGUGGUGUGCUUCUGCCUGGGCUGCUACGUGACGUACACAUCGGGCAAGAACCUGUUUGCUCCAAGCGACGAUGACACGGCGUUUCCGUUCUGCGCGCCGGAGUUUGAGAAUACUGUGUAUUACAACUAUACGGCCGCUCAUGAAAACUACUACUAA